CGCGCGGCACGUGCGGAGACCCGCCCAGUGCGCCAUGGAGCGCCGACCCCCGGCCUCCGCGCCUCGCCCUAGCGCCUCGCCUUAGCGCCGCGGCGGCGCGACCCUAGGCCGUCCCCAUGGAGCCGCACGUGCUCAGCGCCGUGCUGUACUGGCUGCUGCUGCCCUGCACGCUCCUGGCCGCUGCCCUGCUGCGCAUCAGCGCCCUCUCCCUGGUCUACCUGCUGGUCCUGCUGCUGCUACCCUGGCUCCCAGGCCCCUCGCGGCACAACAUCCCAGGUCACCCGGGUCGCCUCCUCCGCACCCUGCUCUCACUCAGCCUCCUCUUCCUGGUGGCCCACCUGGUCUUCCAGAUAUGCCUGCACACCGUGCCACACCUGGACCAGCUCCUGGGGUCAAACUGCAGCUUCUGGGAGACCGUCUCUCAACACAUCGGGGUCACGAGGCUGGACCUGAAGGACAUUCCCAACACCACCCGGAUGGUGGCCCCCGACCUGGGUGUCCUGGUGGUCUCUUCCAUCUGCCUCGGCCUUGGCAGGCGCCUCACGAGAAGAGCCCAGCAGAGCCCGUGUGCCCAGGAGUCGGAUGAUGAAGGGGACAUGGAUGUGGACACUGGACGCCCAGCCUGGCCACAGGGAGCCCCGGUGUUGGCCCCCAGGCCCAGGUCGCGGCUGGCUGCCCGGCUCCGGGUCACAGCCCACUGGCUGCUGGUGGCCGCUGGACGGACACUGGCCAUCGUGCUGCUCGCCCUAGCAGGCAUCGCCCACCCCUCGGCCUUCUCUAGCGUCUAUUUGCUGGUCUUCCUGGCCAUCUGCACUUGGUGGGCCUGCCAUCUUCCCAUGAGCCCCCUGGGCUUCAGCACACUCUGCGUCAUGGUGAGCUGCUUUGGUGCCGGCCAUCUCAUCUGCCUCUACUGCUAUCAGACACCCUUGGUCCAGGCCGUGCUCCCCCCAGCCAGCAUCUGGGCCAGGGUGUUUGGUCUUAAGGAUUUUGUGGGCCCCAUCAAUUGCUCCUGCCCCAACGCACUGGUGCUCAACACCAGCCACGACUGGCCCAUCUACGUGAGCCCGGGCAUCCUGCUGCUGCUGCACUACACGGUCACUUCUCUCCCGAAGCUCCACAAGUAUCGCCCCUYGGACCAGAGGAAGGAAGUGGCCGGGCAGGACGAGGAGCAGGAGCUGGAACUGGAUCAGCUGGAGCAGGGGCCACAGGGCCAGGCAGGGGCUGCUGCGCAGGACAGGGAAGCCACGCAGCUGAUGAUGCCCGCAUCCCCGGGGCCUGACACUGAGACUGACAACUGCAUCGUGCAUGACCUGACAAGCCACAGCCCUGUCCAGCACCGUCCUUUGCCUCCCAGGCUGGCAGAGCUGAGAGAGGCCUCUCCCCUGCAUGGCCUGGGCCACCUCAUCAUGGCCCAGAGCUACGUCUGUGCCCUCAUUGCUAUGAUGGUGUGGAGCAUCACCUACCACAGCUGGCUGACCUUCGUGCUGCUGCUCUGGGCCUGCCUCAUCUGGACGGUGCGCAGCCGCCACCAGCUGGCCAUGCUGUGCUCGCCCUGCAUCCUGCUGUACGGGCUGGCGCUGUGCUGCCUGCGCUACGUGUGGGCCCUGGACSUGCGCCCCGAGCUGCCCACCACCCUGGGCCCCGUCAGCCUGCGCCAGCUGGGGCUGCAGCACACCCGCUACCCCUGCCUGGACCUGGGCGCCAUGCUGCUCUACACCCUGACCUUCUGGCUGCUGCUGCGGCAGUUCGUGAAGGAGAAGCUGCUGAAGAAGGCCCAGGGGCCUGCCGUGCUGCUGCAGGUCGCCGUGGCGGACACAGAGCCCACGCAGACCCAGACGCUGCUGCGGAGCCUGGGGGAGCUGGUCACGGGCGUGUACGCCAAGUACUGGAUCUACGUGUGUGCGGGCAUGUUCGUGGUGGUCAGCUUCGCSGGCCGGCUGGUGGUCUACAAGAUCGUGUACAUGUUCCUCUUCCUGCUCUGCCUCACCCUCUUCCAGGUGUACUACAGCCUGUGGCGCAGGCUGCUCAAGGUGUUCUGGUGGCUCGUGGUGGCCUACACCAUGCUGGUGCUCAUCGCYGUGUAUACGUUCCAGUUCCAGGACUUCCCCGCCUACUGGCGCAACCUCACCGGCUUCACGGACGAGCAGCUGGGGGACCUGGGCCUGGAGCAGUUCAGCGUGUCCGAGCUCUUCUCCAGCAUCUUCAUCCCRGGCUUCUUCCUGCUCGCCUGCAUCCUGCAGCUGCACUACUUCCACCGGCCCUUCAUGCAGCUCACCGACCUGGAGCACGUGCCCCCCGCCGGCCCUCACCGCCCACGCAGGGCCCACAGGCAGGACAUGGCGAGCGAGGCCCCUCUGCUGCAGGAGGAGGAAGAGGUCCCCAGGGACAGGGGGCUGAAUGUGGACAGCCCCUGCCAGGCCACACAGGUCCCUGAAGGCACAGCCAGCAAGUGGGGCCUGGUGGCCGAGCGGCUGCUGGACCUGGCCGCUGGCUUCUCGGAGGUCCUCUCCCGCGUGCAGGUGUUCGUGCGGCGACUGCUGGAACUGCACAUUUUCAAGCUGGUGGCGCUGUACACCGUCUGGGUGGCCCUGAAGGAGGUGUCGGUGAUGAACCUGCUCCUGGUGGUGCUGUGGGCCUUCGCCCUGCCCUACCCACGCUUCCGGCCCAUGGCCUCCUGCCUGUCCACCGUGUGGAGCUGCAUCAUCAUCGUGUGCAAGAUGCUGUACCAGCUCAAGGUCGUCAACCCCCAGGAGUACUCCAGCAACUGCUCUGAGCCCCUCCCUAACAGCACCAACCUGCAUCGGACAGAGAUCAACCAGUCCCUGCUGUACCGUGGUCCCGUCGACCCUGCCAACUGGUUUGGGGUGCGGAAGGGCUUCCCCAACCUGGGCUACAUCCAGAACCACCUGCAGAUCCUGCUGCUGCUGGUCUUCGAGGCCAUGGUGUACCGCCGUCAGGAGCACUACCGCCGGCAGCACCAGCUUGCCCCGCUGCCCGCCCAGGCUGUGUGUGCUGACGGCACCCGCCAGCGGCUCGACCAGGGCCUGCUCAGCUGUCUCAAGUACUUCGUCAACUUCUUCUUCUACAAGUUUGGGCUGGAGAUUUGCUUCAUGAUGGCCGUGAACGUGAUUGGGCAGCGCAUGAACUUCAUGGUCAUCUUGCAUGGCUGCUGGCUGGUGACCAUUCUCACUCGCCGGCGUCGUGAGGCCAUCGCCCGCCUCUGGCCCAGCUACUGCCUCUUCCUGGUGCUCUUCCUGCUGUACCAGUACCUGCUGUGCCUGGGCAUGCCCCCUGCCCUGUGCAUCGAUUACCCGUGGCGCUGGAGCCAGGCCAUCCCCAUGAACUCCGCUCUCAUCAAGUGGCUGUACCUGCCCGACUUCUUCAGGGCCCCCAACUCCACCAACCUCAUCAGUGACUUCCUCCUGCUGCUCUGCGCCUCCCAGCAGUGGCAGGUGUUUGCAGCCGAGCGCACUGAGGAGUGGCAGCGCAUGGCCGGCACCAACACUGACCACCUGGAGCCACUGCGCGGGGAGCCCAACCCUGUGCCCAACUUCAUCCACUGCAGGUCCUACCUGGACAUGCUGAAGGUGGCCGUCUUCCGCUACCUGUUCUGGCUGGUGCUGGUGGUGGUGUUCAUCACGGGGGCCACGCGCAUCAGCAUCUUUGGGCUGGGCUACCUGCUGGCCUGCUUCUACUUGCUGCUCUUCGGCACCACCCUGCUGCAGAAGGGCACGCGGUCCCGCCUCGUGCUGUGGGACUGCCUCAUCCUCUACAACGUCACAGUCAUCAUCUCCAAGAACAUGCUGUCGCUCCUGUCCUGCGUCUUCGUGGAGCAGAUGCAGAGCAGCUUCUGCUGGGUCAUCCAGCUCUUCAGCCUCGUGUGCACCGUCAAAGGCUACUAUGACCCCAAGGAGAUGAUGGGCAGGGACCAGGACUGCCUGCUGCCCGUGGAGGAGGCCGGUGUCAUCUGGGACGGCGUCUGCUUCUUCUUCCUGUUGCUGCAGCGCCGCGUCUUCCUCAGCUACUACUUCCUGCACGUCAGUGUGGACCUGCAGGCCACCGCCCUGCAGGCCUCCAGGGGCUUCGCCCUCUACAAUGCAGCCAGCCUCAAGAGCAUUGAGGCCCACCGCAAGGCAGAGGAGAAGUCCUUGGCCCAGCUGAAGAGACAGAUGAGGCGGAUCCGUGCCAAGCAGGAAAAGUACAGGCAAGGCCAGGCAGGCCGUGUCCGCCCACAGGCCGUGGGCCCUGAGGACCCUGUCCAGGAGCCAGGGCCCAGCAGUCCAGGGGGCGCCUCCUCGCCACCGAGACAGUGGUGGCGGCCCUGGCUGGACCAUGCCACAGUCAUCCACUCUGGGGACUACUUCCUGUUUGAGUCUGACAGUGAGGAGGAAGAGGAAGCCCUGCCGGAGGACCCCAGGCCAUCAGCACAGAGCGCCUUCCAGAUGGCAUACCAGGCCUGGGUGACCAACGCCCAGACGGUGCUGAGGCAGCGGCGGGAGCAGGCGCAGCGGGAGCGGCCGCACCAGGAAGGGCAGCUGCCUGCUGGAGGUGAUCCGAGCCUGGGGGAGCCCGUGGAAGCCCUCGAGGAUGAGGUGGCAGGCCGAGGCCACGUCAUGCAGCGCGUGCUGGGCACCGUGCAGUUCUUGUGGGUGCUUGGCCAAGCUACGGUGGACGGGCUGACACGCUGGCUGUGUGCUUUCACCAGGCACCACCGCACCAUGAGCGACGUGCUGCGUGCAGAGCGCUACCUGCUAACACAGGAGCUCCUGCGGGGUGGAGAGGUGCACCGGAGCGUAUUGGACCAGCUGUAUGUGAGUGCAGCCGAGAGCACACUGCCAGGCCCCCCAGAGGCCCGUGAUGGACCCAGCACAGUGUCAAGUGGGCUGGGCGCUGAGGAGCCCCUGAGCAGCCUAACAGAUGACACCAGCAGCCCCCUGAGCACCGGCUACAGCACCCGCAGUGGCAGUGAGGAGAUUGCCACCGACUCCCGGGACCAGGCUUCCCUGCAGGGCUCCCAGGAGCUUUUGGCCAACGCCCACGUGCGGAUGCGCACAGCCAGCGAGCUGCUCCUGGACAGGUGCCUGCCCAUCCCCGAGCUGGAGGAGGCCGAGAGCUUUGCGGCGGAGCAGGGCCGGACGCUGCGGCUGCUGCAGGCCGUGUGCCAAUGCGUGGCCGCACAUUCAGAGCUGCUCUGCUACUUCAUCAUCAUCCUCAACCACAUGGUCACCGCCUCGGCUGCCUCCCUGGUGCUGCCUGUGCUCAUCUUCCUGUGGGCCAUGCUGUCCAUCCCCAGGCCCAGCAAGCGCUUCUGGAUGACAGCCAUCAUCUUCACGGAGGUCACGGUGGUCACCAAGUACCUGUUCCAGUUUGGCUUCUUCCCCUGGAAUAGCCACACGGUGCUGAGGCGCUACGAGAACAAGCCCUACUUCCCCCCGCGCAUCCUGGGCCUGGAGAAGACGGACAGCUACACCAAGUGCGACCUGCUGCAGCUCAUGGUGCUCUUCUUCCACCGCUCCCAGCUGCUGUGCUACGGCCUCUGGGACCACGAAGAGGACCAGUUCUCCAAGGAGCAGAGCAGGAGCAGUGGGAAGGGUCAGGGGGCUGAGGCGGGGCCAGAGGUCCUACUGGGACCCCAGGCAGAGGCAGGCGCCGAGCACCAGGCAGAGCUGGGGGUGGCAGGAGCCACGACCAAGGACUACAUCCAGGUAGAAGCGAGGGCUGUUCCUGAGGAUGGGGCUCCAGAGCCCCAGGUGGACUUCAGGCCUCAGGACUCAAGACGAAUCAGCCUGCGUUUCAGGAGGAGGAAGGAGAGGCCUGGACCCACAGGAGCGGCAGCCGUGGAAGCUGUGGAUGGGGAAGAGGAGGAAGAGGCUGCGGGAAAGAAAGGGCCGAGCCGUUCUCAAGAACGGAUGAAGGCAGCCGCGCGCUGGCUGCAGAGCUUCUGCCUGUCCCUGGCACAGAGCAUAUACCAGCCCCUGCAGCGCUUCUUCCAUGACAUCCUGCACACCAAGUACCGGGCGGCCACAGACGUCUAUGUCCUCAUGUUCCUGGCGGACAUUGUGGACUUCAUCAUCAUCAUCUUUGGCUUCUGGGCCUUUGGGAAGCACUCGGCCGCCACAGACAUCACGUCCUCCCUGUCAGAUGACCAGGUGCCCGAGGCCUUCCUGGUCAUGCUGCUGAUCCACUUCAGCACCAUGGUGGUGGACCGUGCCCUCUACCUGCGCAAGACCGUGCUGGGCAAGCUGGCUUUCCAGGUGGUGCUGGUGCUCGCCAUACACCUCUGGAUGUUCUUCAUCCUGCCAGCCGUCACCGAGAGGAUGUUCAGCCAGAAUGCCGUGGCCCAGCUGUGGUACUUCGUGAAGUGCAUCUACUUUGCCCUGUCCGCCUACCAGAUCCGCUGCGGCUACCCCACCCGCAUCCUGGGCAACUUCCUCACCAAGAAGUACAACCACCUGAACCUCUUCCUUUUUCAGGGGUUUCGGCUGGUGCCAUUCCUGGUGGAGCUACGGGCAGUCAUGGACUGGGUGUGGACAGACACCACCCUGUCCCUGUCAAAUUGGAUGUGUGUGGAGGACAUUUACGCCAACAUCUUCAUCAUCAAGUGUAAUCGAGAGACAGAGAAGAAAUACCCCCAGCCCAAGGGGCAGAGGAAGAAGAAGAUCGUCAAGUACGGCAUGGGCGGCCUCAUCAUCGUCUUCCUCAUCGCCAUCAUCUGGUUCCCACUGCUCUUCAUGUCACUGGUGCGCUCCGUGGUCGGCGUUGUCAACCAGCCCAUCGAUGUCACGGUCACUCUCAAGCUGGGCGGCUAUGAGCCCCUGUUCACCAUGAGUGCCCAGCAGCCGUCCAUCGUGCCCUUCACACCUGAAGCUUAUGAGGAACUGUCCCGACAGUUUGACACCCACCCGCUGGCCAUGCAGUUCAUUAGCCAGUAUAGUCCCGAGGACAUCGUCACAGCUCACAUCGAGGGCAGCUCUGGGGCCCUGUGGCGCAUCAGUCCCCCAAGUCGGGCUCAAAUGAAGCGAGAACUGUACAACGGCACUGCCGACAUCACCCUGCGCUUUACUUGGAACUUCCAGAGGGACCUGGCCAAGGGCGGCAAGGUGGAGUACACCAAUGAGAAGCACACCCUGGAGCUGGCCCCUGACAGCUCGGCACGGCGGCAGCUGGCCCGCCUGCUGGAGGGCACUUCUGACCAGUCCGUGGUCAUCCCCCACCUCUUCCCCAAGUACAUCCGCGCCCCCAACGGGCCUGAAGCCAACCCCGUGAAGCAGCUGCAGCCCAACGAGGAAGCCGACUACCUAGGUGUGCGCAUCCAGCUGCGGAGGGAGCAGGUGGGGACGGGGGCCGCCGGCUUCCUGGAGUGGUGGGUGGUGGAGCUGCAGGACUGCCACACGGACUGCAACCUGCUGCCCAUGGUGAUCUUCAGCGACAAGGUCAGCCCCCCCAGCCUGGGCUUCCUGGCUGGCUACGGGAUCGUGGGGCUGUACGUGUCCAUCGUGCUGGUCAUCGGCAAGUUCGUGAGGGGCUACUUCAGCGAGGCCUCCCACUCCAUCAUGUUCGAGGAGCUGCCCUUUGUGGACCGCAUCCUCAAGCUGUGCCAGGACAUCUUCCUGGUGCGCGAGACCCGUGAACUGGAGCUGGAGGAGGAGCUGUACGCCAAGCUCAUCUUCCUGUACCGCUCCCCAGAGACCAUGAUCAAGUGGACGCGCGAGAAGGAGUAGGAGCCUGGCUCCUGGCACCGGGAAUGAAGGCACCGCCCCACGGGCAGCAGGGCCACCACCAGGGCCAGUGGUGCUCCUUGGGCCAGGGGCACAGCUGUCCCCAGUCAGGGCCAUGAGCUGUGACACGUCCUCCCUGGCCACCUGAGCCCUGAUGCUGCUGUCAGAAGGAUGCUAUGUCCCCUGUGGGCCCAGGACUGGCCACACCGAGCCUGGGGGCCUGGCCCUCCCUUCCCCAUGCGUACUGUAGAGUUUU